CAGAGCAGAAGAUACCUCCGAAGGCAGCUCUCACCAUCAGAAAGCCCAGCUGAAGUUGUGACCUCUUUCAUUUUGUCUGAGUCACCGUGGAUGGCCUCCCGGACCCUCCUGGAGCUCCUGUCCUCCAACCAGAGCCAGCUCCCGCCUCCAAAUGCCACGUCCUGUGACAGCACUCAGGAAGCCUGGGACCUGCUGCAUAGCGUCUUACCCACAUUUAUCAUCACCAUCUGCUUCUGCGGGCUGCUGGGAAACCUCUUUGUGCUGUCCGUCUUUCUCUUGGCCCGACGGCGUCUGAACGCGGCAGAAAUCUACCUGGCCAACCUGGCGGCUUCCGACCUGGUGUUCGUCUUGGGCUUGCCCUUCUGGGCAGAGAACAUCUGGAAGGAAUUCAACUGGCCUUUCGGAGCCCCCCUCUGCCGCGUGGUCAACGGCGUCAUCAAGGCCAAUCUCUUCAUCAGUAUCUUCCUGGUGAUGGCCAUCAGCCAGGACCGCUACUGCGUGCUGGUGCACCCCAUGGCCAGCUGGAGGCGGCGGCGACGGCGGUGGGCUCAGGCCACCUGCGUGCUCAUCUGGGCCGUGGGGGGCCUCCUAAGUAUCCCCACGUUCCUGCUGCGCUCCGUCAAAGCUGUCCCGGAACUGAAUAUCUCCGCCUGUGUGCUGCUGUACCCCAAUGAGGCCUGGCCCUUUGCAAGGAUGGUGGAGUUAAACGUGCUGGGGUUUCUCCUCCCACUGGUUGCGAUUGUCUUCUUCAACUAUCACAUCCUGGCAGCCCUGCGCGGGCGGGAAAAGGUCAGCAAGACAAGGUGCGGGGGGCCCACGGAUGGCAAGACCACGGCCCUGAUACUCAUGCUCGUGGCGGCCUUCCUGCUCUGCUGGACCCCCUACCACUUCUUUGCCUUCCUGGAAUUCCUGUUCCAGGUGUGGGCUGUCAGAGGCUGCUUCUGGGAGAAUUUCACCGACCUGGGCCUGCAAUGGGCCAACUUCUUUGCUUUCAUCAACAGCUGCCUGAAUCCAGUGAUUUAUGUCUUUUUGGGCCGGCUUUUCAGGACCAAGGUCUGGGAACUUUAUAAACGAUGCAUCCCUAGACGAUUGACUCCAAUAUCCACGUCCCAUAGAAAAGAAAUCCUCCAACUUUUCUGGCGGAAUUAA